ACUUUAUGGAUGAUAUUUUGUUGAUUGAUGAGUAACCAAAGCAAAAACAAGGAUUGAGAAACAUUAAUCAAGUGAAAUUUGAGUGGUAUAUAUCUGACACACGUCCUUGAUACAAUACAUAUCUUCGAAAUUCAGCAACGGGAUCUGCCACUAACAACAUGUGUUUGUAUUUGUGUCUCUUCUUCCUCUUCUUUGAACUCUCAACUUGUGACCCAAUCCCAGCUCCCUGGCCGGAACAGUUCCACUCAGUCAUGUUCGUAAACAGGAGUGGUGAUCUCCACCAGACUGAUUUAUGGUACGAUUGGCCUAAUGGACGCAACUUCAACAUCAACCAGUAUCAGCUUGGAAUUCUCAAAUACGACAUUGAAUGGAACAAUGGCACCUCCUUUAUCUACACUCUCGACCCUUUCAACCACACUUGUCAACUACUUCAUUUCGAGGUCGGUAUUCUCCGACCAAACUGGCUCCUUGGUGCUAACUAUUUGGGCCAACAAUAUGUGGACAAUUUCCUUUGUAAUGUUUGGGAGAAAGUUGAGUUUAUUUGGUACUACGAGGAUGUCCUCACUCGAACACCUGUCAAGUGGAUCUUCUAUGACGGAAUGACUUUUCAUGUGAUGACAUUUGAGGUCGGUGCAGUGCUGGAUGAUGCCCAUUGGCAGGCUCCUCUCUACUGUUUUAGUGACCCUGACCCUGAACUCCACCAGACACACACCACAAGGAACAAUUCCUUAGUACUAGUAGAUUCAGAACUUGCUGUUCUUAGUGCUUUUCGUCGGACAUUAAUGAGUCACAUGAGAUGAAAUCUGCACUUUCUUUUGUUGGGGAUUUAUAUUAAGCCAUUUAUUUCUUCAAGUUGUUGGGUCCUGAGGGAAGUCUAGACAAGUAUCACAUUCAGGCUUGAGCUAAAAGCAACCACAUAAACAGAUUGGAGACAACAUAUAUACUCGAAACUUUAAGACAAUAAGUAUAUGAGUCAUUUCACUUUAAAUAUUGUUCAAUAUUUACUA